AAGUCAUUGGAGCGCAGUUUAGAUCCCCUGGGAUUCUGAAUGUCACGCUGACUCCCUCAGUCUGCAACACUUGCCGGGGCCAGAGAGACAAAGGGGGAUUGACCCCUCUAAAGCACCCCCGAGGUCGGAGACCUGCCCUCUGCCAGCGGGGCUUGGAGGGGUAAUGCGACACAGCCGACUUCAACUGGCGAUGGCACUGGCGUUCUGGUUGGCAGGGGCUGCGAGGGGCGUGGAGGUCAGAUUGAGUGACCCACAGCUCUACGGGAUCGUCGGACAGCCCUUGCGUUUUGACGCGGAGUACACCAGGGGGAGCUGGCGGGAUAUCCAUAGCGUGACCUGGAAGGUGCAGACUGCCACCUCCCUCAGGAUCUUCCAGUACAUCAUGGAGAGCAGCAAGAUGUACCUGUCCCCUCCUUAUCGGGGGAGGGUGACGUUCCACAGGGAGAACGGCUCCAUGGUCCUGCUGAACUUCACUGCCCGGGAUAACGGGCUGUACCACAUCACAGUGACCGACACCGAGGGAUCCGAGCAGAUAGCAUCCACCCGGGUGUGGGUGUACGAGCCGAUCUCGAAGCCGGUCAUCGAGACAUUCCGAAACCACCUCAAUUUAAUGUUAACCUGCUCGGCGCAUAAUGGAACAGACCAGCGAUAUCAUUGGUUAAAGGAUGGUCAGAGCGUUGUUGAAACCCAUGUGUUGGUGGUGUCUGAUGGUCGCAAUCUCUCUCUCCUGUCACAUUCCACAGCAAUGUGUGGAGUUUAUACGUGUUUAGUGACAAACAAAGUCAGCCAAGAGUCAGUGAACAAAACAUUAUCAGAUUCACAUGGCUUUGCUGAAUGCAGAGAAAAAGACAAUGCGAAAAGAGGGCAAGUUCAUGCGAUCCCCAUAGUGAUUUUGGUUUGUGUCACCUUGUUGAUCCUGGCUGCGUGUAUUUUUCUGAAUGGAAAAGUGAACGAGUGAUCUUUAACUUCAGGGGAGGUUGCGACUGGACAGCAGGUGGACAAGACUCCUUCCCUCUUCAGCCAAUCAAACAGCAUUGCCCACCAUCUGGUGUCCCCCUCAAAUCUCGGCAGAAAGCACAAUAGCCCGACAGAGACCUAGAACCA